AGCUAUGGAUGGAGAGAGAGAGGGAUGCUGUUGCCAGGGAACAGCAGCCACAUAGAGGACCACUGGAAACAACAGCAAGAUUAUCUGAUGGAGUAAAGGGACAAGGGGAAUGUGCUCAUUUUCCCUGGGUGCCAUAGGGAUAAAUAAGCUGCUUCCAUGGGGGAAUUUAAAUUUGUUUUGAAGUAAGAGGGAAAGAUACUGCAACCACAAGUAGAGAAAAGGAGGAGACAGAGAGAGAAAUUGUGUGUUGGUUGGAUCACGAUGCCAGGGCAGAUGCACUCUCAUUAAAGGAAUUUUGUGUCUUACUGAUGUGGACAUAGGAGCUGUGAGGCAGCCUGUCAGCUCAAUCUUCACAGCCCGUCUUCCCCAACAACGGUGGCCAGAGGCGGAGGAGAGCCGGGGGGAGUUGAACACAGAGGAUCAGGGUUUUCUCUCCUCCAAUCUUUGCAUCUGUGACGGAGGACAAGGGAGGACACGCAGGCACGGACCAGCAAGAGGUUUUGAGGGGAUCUAUCACCACUCAUGCCCCUGCUUUCGUCUCUGAGGGAUGGGCACCACAGAGGCAACUCUACGAAUGGAAAACAUGGAAGUGAAAGAUGAGUGGCAGGAUGAAGACUUCCCAAGACCACUACCAGAGUACGGAGACAUGGAUUCCUCUUGUGGUCUCACAGCUUCCCCCCCUAACUCCCUGAACGUGAGCCCGCCUGGAGGAGGAGGCGGUGUGUCUUCAUCCCACUGUAAACGCCGUACAUUGGUUGCCCCAGAGAUGAACCUGUCGCUAGAUCAAAGUGAGGGCUCUCUGCUGUCAGAUGACUUCCUGGACACACCGGACGACCUGGACAUUAACGUUGAUGACAUUGAUACACCAGACGAGACAGACUCGCUGGAGUUCAUCACCAAUGGCAAUGACUUGGAAUGGGAAGAUGACACACCGGUGGCCUCAGCCAAAGCAGGUCCAGGUGACGGUUCAAAAGACGUUGAUGAGGACGGGAACGUCAACAAUGGACGCCUCUGGAGAACAGUAAUCAUUGGAGAACAGGAGCAUCGUAUUGACAUGCAGGUCAUCAGACCUUAUCUGCGGGUCAUCACACAUGGAGGUUAUUAUGGAGAAGGUCUUAACGCCAUCAUUGUGUUCUCUGCCUGUUACCUGCCUGACAGCAGCUGUCCAGACUACCACUACAUCAUGGAAAACCUCUUCCUGUAUGUGGUGAGCAGUCUGGAGAUGCUGGUAGCUGAAGAUUACCUGAUUAUCUAUAUGAACGGAGCCACUCCUCGAAAUAAGAUGCCUGGGAUCAGCUGGUUACUGACUUGUUUUCUGUAUUGUGAUGGCAGACUGAGGAAGAACCUGAAGUCACUGGUCAUUGCUCAUCCCACAUGGUUUAUACGCACUGUCCUGGCAAUAUCCAGGCCCUUUAUCAGUGUGAAGUUCAUGAAUAAGAUCCAGUAUGUACACAGUCUGGAUGAACUGGCGGAGAUCGUCCCCAUGGAGCAUGUCCACGUCCCCGAGUGUGUGGUGCAAUUUGAUGAGGAGAGGAUUAAAGCCCGAAGGGAAAGGAUGGAGCAGGAGCAGCAGCAGUCACAGGAGCCUGUUAAAAAGUCUGAGAGGCCAAAGUCAAUGAUUGUCAACCAAGGAUUAUGAGAAAGACAGAGCUUUGCAGGUUGUAACAGAAGCAUGGAACAUGAACACUUCAUCAGAAGCAGACACCCCAACAGGUCUACCUGCUUUCUUGUUUUAACAUCCAGCUGCCAUCAUUUCCAAUUAAACUGGUGAAUGCUUGUUCUCAUAAAGUUUUAUAUUGCAACUUGAAGGUAUACAAAGGUAGAUGCUGCUCUGUUUUCAGGAAGUGCUUCUUAAUGAAAACCACUGGUGAAUUCAUUACCCCUGCUAUCCGGUAGGACCUGUUAUAUAGCCCAUAUUUAAAUGAUAUCACCAUGUGGCUCUGUAAGGCCAAGGCACCGCCCCCCCAUUACAUUAUCAGUUUAAAGAUUCAAGAUAAUUUUACAGAUUGUUAGACAAUCAACUAAGAUUACCUGAAAAAUAAAA